GUAGCAAAUGAGUGGGAAGCGUUGAAGUGGGAAGUUGUAAACGUGUUUGUCUCUACACUCAACUCCUGAUUCUACGCUGUAAUUCAAUCUCUUCUUUCUCUCUAAACAAAAUCCCUAAUCACCAAACAAAAACAAUAAACGCUGCGUUUUAAUUCCACUCACAAUCACCACUUCAACUCAGUCAUAAUAGUCAAAUUCAAGGUAGGAUCUCGGAAAGAGUUGCUUGCGGCAGAACCGAGACGGGGCUUGACGGAGAAAUUGGUGGUGUGGUAUCUAACUAUCUGGUUGCAAACACUCCAACGCUCGUGUCAGUGAUUGAAUGAGGCGAGUGAGAUGUAGAUAAUGCUGGCAAUUUCCAUCAUUGUUGUAAAAGUAUAAGCACGAGUAAAUUUUUCUAUUCCUUUCAAGGGAAAUCCAUUGAAGUAUUCUUACCAUUAGCUACGCUACCAUGGAAGUUGAAGCAGUGGAUGAAGGGGAAAACGAUGAUAAACCCGCUUCAGAAAAUGACAAAUUUAAGAAAAACCAGGAACAGAUUAUGACCGCAAACUCGACUGAAAGACAAGUGAAUGAUGAAGAUGGUGAUGCAUGUAGGAAACCACAAGUGGGCAUGGUGUUUGAAUCUGAAGAGGCUGCAAAGUCGUUUUAUGAAGCAUAUGCAAGACAUGUAGGAUUUAGCCUCCAUGUUGGUCAAUUCAGUCGUGCUACGCCCGAUGGUCCAAUUAUAUCUUGGGAAUUUUCUUGUUCGAGGGAAGUAUUAAAAAGAAAGAAUGUAGUAAGUUGCAAUGCAAUGCUUAAGAUGGAGAGAAAAGAUGUGAAUUGGACAGUGACGAAAUUUGUUGAGGAUCACAGCCAUUCCCUAGCUUCCUCUAGAAAGGUGCAGUACCUUCGACCGCGUAGGCAUUUUGCAGGUGCUACAAGGAAUGUUAGAGAGACAUCCGAUGGCAGUAACGAUUCGCUUGUUUCUAUGAAUGGCAAUCAUUUAGAAUCGAAUAGUAUAGUUAGGAGUUCCUCUCCAGCAGAAAAAAGUCACUCGACAAGAAACAUUGGGUCUUUUGCUUAUGUAAGAUCAUCCCGAAAGAGGACUCUCGGAAAAGACGCUCAAAUUCUUCUGAAUUAUUUUAAGAAGAUGCAGGGUGAAAACCCUGGUUUCUAUUAUGCAAUACAACUUGAUGAUGAAAACUGCAUGACCAAUGUAUUUUGGGCUGAUGCAAGGUCAAGAGCAGCUUAUAAUUAUUUUGGUGAUGCGGUAACUUUCGACACAAUGUAUAGGCCAAAUCAAUACCAAGUCCCAUUUGCUCCAUUUACAGGAAUCAAUCAUCACGGUCAAAUGGUUUUAUUUGGUUGUGCAUUAUUACUAGAUGAAUCUGAGUCUUCCUUUACAUGGCUGUUCAAGACAUGGCUAUCUGCUAUGAAUGACCGACCUCCUAUUUCUAUAACAACAGAUCAAGAUAGAGCGAUACAGGCAGCUGUUGUGCAAGUGUUUCCAGAAACUCGUCACUGUAUCUGUAAGUGGCACAUUUUGAGAGAAGGUCAAGUAAGACUGGCUCAUAUUUACCUUGCUCAUCCUUCAUUCUACGGUGAGUUGUAUAGCUGCAUAAAUUUUUCCGAGACUGUUGAGCAUUUUGAGUCAACAUGGAAGUCUCUUCUAGAUAAAUAUGAUCUCCAGAAAAAUGAUUGGCUUGAGGCAGUGUAUAAUGCUCGCAAACAAUGGGCCCCUGUUUACUUUCGUGACACAUUCUUCGCUGCGUUAGCUUCAAACCAUGGGGUCACCUCCUUUUUUGAUGGCUAUGUAAAUCAACAGACAACCUUACCUUUAUUCUUUAAGCAGUACGAAAGUUCACUCGAACAUUCACUGGAAAAAGAAAUCGAAGCAGAUUAUGAGACCAUUUGUACUACACCGUCAUUGAAGACUCCAUCACCAAUGGAACAACAGGCUGCAAAUCAGUAUACUAAGAAGAUUUUUGCAAAAUUUCAAGAGGAACUUGUGGAAACUUUUGCUUAUACUGCAGAUAGAGUUGCAGAUGGCGGUGCGGUCAGUAAAUACAAGGUUUCAAAAUAUGAAUAUGAUUACAAGGCAUAUACAGUCAGUGUUACAUCAGAUAUCACUGGAGUGAAGGCAAAUUGCAGUUGUCAGAUGUUUGAAUACUCGGGCAUUCUAUGUCGACAUAUAUUGACUGUCUUCACUGUGACAAACGUUCUUACCCUUCCACCACAUUUCAUUUUGAAACGAUGGACAAGGAAUGUGAAAUACAGUGUUGGAGCAGACGAAAUCAUACAAGAUCCACUUAGCAUUGAAAAUCUCACUUUUCGUUUUAAUAGUUUAUGUCGAGAAGCCAUUAAGCUUGCAGAAGAAGGGGCAAUAGCUGUAGAGACUUAUAAUGCUGCAAUGAAUGCCUUAAGAGAGAGUGCUAAAAUGGUUAGUGUCAUGAAGGAAAAUAUCGCAAAAGUCACACCUCCGAGCACUCGGGAUAAUGGAAGCAAUCAAGAAGACAAUAGCAUGAAGAGCCCUUUAUCUAUCUCUGAAGCCAUCCCAUCAUUGUGGCCUUGGCAAGAUUCAGCGUUGCAUCACUAUAAUCUUAAUGACAUUGGGCUUCCUGUUAAUGAUCUUAAUCAUCCUUGUAUUCCUCCUGUUGACAAUUUCAAUGGCCCUCCGCAUAACGCAGUUGUCCUUACUUGUUUCAAGUCUAUGACUUGGGCUAUAGAAACUAAGAACUCAAACCCUUCCAGUAAAGUUGCAGUGAUCAACAUGAAGCUGCAAGACUAUGCCCAGAGUCCUUCAGGAGAGACAGAAGUACAAUUCAGAGUGACAAAGGUCACUUUGGAGCCGAUGUUGCAGUCUAUGACUUACAUCAGUCAUCAGCUCACGGCACCUGCCAAUAGAGUUGCUGUUGUCAAUCUAAAGCUCCAGGAUACAAAAACAAGUACUGGGGAAACACAGGUGAAAUUCCAAGUUUCCAGAGAUAUGUUAGGUUCCAUGUUGAGCUCUAUGGCCUACAUCAGGGAACAACUAUAAAAGUUAUACAAUAAAUUUUGGACACUUUCAACGGCGGAAAUGUCAAAGUGCAGUCUCAACGAUACUCUCACAUUCAUACUCAUAACAUUUUUUUUUUCUCAAGGUUUCCAUGUUGAUAAACAUUCAUGAUUCGUGUACCUUGGACCUUUCAAUAAUAGAUGGUGUAAUUACCUAGGAAUUUAUAGUAUAUCAACAAUGUUUACACUAGAAUUGGUUAGACUUUUUUUCUUUUCAUAUUAUGCUUUCCUUCUCAAGUUUUCUAGUCUAGCAUACCGAUUAUACACCAUUUCCAUUAUGGAAAUUUAUUUUGUACAUUUGACAUCUGAAUAACAAGAAUAUAACAUAGGAGCAUUGGCGAUUUCUA